AUGAGUAGUUUGAGCUAUAUUCGAUACGAAAAUCCCAUCGAACUGCGUCAGGCCAUUCGUUCCGGCCAAUUCACAUCCACGACUAGUAGUCAAUGUCCUCAGUAUGUUCAAGCCAAUAUGGUCAUUCUGCCAAAGACUGUUUCCGAUAAAUUCUUGCAAUUUUGUCAAUCCAAUCCACGAGCAUGUCCUCUACUGGAAAUGUUGCCAGCUGGAACGUAUCAACCGAGAAAAUUAGCCAAAACUGAUGCUGACAUACGUACGGAUGUACCAAAGUAUCGUGUUUACCAAAAUGGAGAAUUAGUUGAAGAAGUAGCUGAUGUAAAAGAGCUUUGUAAGGAAGAGAUGGUGACAUUUCUUCUUGGUUGUUCGUUUUCAUUUGAACAUGCUUUGCAAAGCAACGGUAUUCGUAUUAAAAACGUCGAUGAAAACAAAAAUGUUGCGAUGUAUAAAUGUUCCAAGAUUCAAUGUCCGGGACCGCUUGAUAAUGUUACAUUAGUCGUUUCCAUGCGACCUAUACGAAAUGAUCAAGUUGAACUAGCAAAGGAAAUCACGGGUGCGCCGCAUUUUCAAAAAACACAUGGAGCACCUUUGUAUUGUGGAUACAAUUAUGUGGAAGAGUUAGGUAUUAAUGAAGAUUUAAAUCAGGUGGAUUUCGGUGAAUCAGUUACGAUCAAUCAACAAACUGAAACACCAUGUUUUUGGUAUUGCGGUGUGACAGGAAUCAUGGCUGCCAUUGAAAUAAGUAAAACGGAUAAGGUGACAUGCAUAACACAUUCGCCGGGUUACAUGUUUGUGUCGGAUAUUAGAGAAGACGAAGACAUUCCACAGUAG